GAGGCAGAAAUGUGGCGCGAGGCGUCCAGUCUGCCGGAAACUCAAGCAGAAGAAGAAGCGGCGGCAGCUCACCUGUUCAGCUGAGUCAUUCGACUGUGUGUGUCACGAGCUCCUUCUUUACACGUUUGGGGUGAAAGUACUCUGCAACAUUCAAAAGCUUCGACACCAUGCGGACGGCAGCCGUACUUCUGUUGGCAUCUCUGAUCUCUGGGACUGGAGGUAACUCUCAGGUUCAGAACAUCACAGCUGAUCCUGGACAGACCGUCACUCUGCCAUGUCGAGCUCCAAACACCAACAUCAUAGUUGUAGAGUGGACCAGACCUGAUCUGAAGACAGAAAAAUAUGUCUUUUUGCAGCGGGGCAGUCAGCCUGUUACAGAAUACCAGCUUUCAUCUUUUCAGGACAGGGUGGAUCUGGUGGACAGACAGAUGAAGGACGGUAACGUGUCUUUGAUUCUGAAGAAUGUGACGAGAGAGGACACAGGAAGAUACGAGUGUCGAGUCGUCCAGAGAGGAACAAACCGCAGGAAGAGAUCUUACCUGAACACUGAGCCCAUCAGCAUCAUUGACCUGGAUGUUCAUUCCUCAGGUAACACACAGGGAGACAGGGAGGAGGGAGGAGAAACAGGUGGAGACAGCAGAGGACAUGUUGGACUGGCAGCUGGUCUCUCAGUUGUUGCUGUGGUUGCUCUUGUUGUUGCUUUGGGGAUCUUCAUGUCUAAAAGACACAUGAAGAAGAAUCCUCCUCCUCCUCCUCCUCCUCCUGCUGCUGCUGAUGAAGAAGCAGGUGAACAGAUGUUAUGAAAUAUAAUCAGUAAAUGUAAAAUAACCGACAUGUAUAAACCUGUGACAGCAGCAGACAAACCACUGUCUGAGACAAAA